AGAACCUGCCAUUUGAAUUGCAGAGAAACUUCCAGCUCAUGCGAGACCUGGAUCAGAGGACAGAAGACCUCAAGUCGGAGAUCGAUAAGUUGGCCACAGAGUAUAUCAGCAAUGCACGGACUUUGUCUUCAGAGGAAAAACUGGGGCUUCUCAAGCAAAUCCAGGAGGCCUAUGGGAAAUGCAAGGAGUUUGGGGACGACAAGGUUCAGCUGGCUAUGCAGACCUAUGAGAUGGUUGAUAAGCACAUCCGGCGGCUGGACACAGACCUCGCUCGCUUUGAAGCAGACCUGAAGGAGAAGCAGAUAGAGUCGAGUGACUAUGACAGUUCUUCCAGCAAGGGCAAGAAGAAGGGCCGAGCCCAAAAAGAGAAGAAAGCUGCCCGUGCUCGCUCUAAAGGGAAGAAUUCUGAUGAGGAAGCACCAAAAACUGCCCAAAAGAAACUGAAGCUUGUCCGCACUAGCACAGAGUAUGGGAUGCCUUCAGUCACCUUUGGAAACGUGCACCCUUCGGAUGUAUUGGAUAUGCCGGUUGACCCCAAUGAGCCUACUUACUGCCUCUGCCACCAGGUCUCCUAUGGGGAGAUGAUUGGCUGCGACAACCCAGAUUGUUCCAUUGAAUGGUUUCAUUUUGCCUGUGUGGGUCUGACAACAAAACCAAGAGGAAAAUGGUUCUGCCCUCGCUGUUCCCAGGAGAGGAAGAAGAAGUAAAAUCCCAUCAGCCCUCAGUCCUGCUGCAGGAGCUUUCUUCCCCCUGUCAGGGCCUCGUCCCAGCUCCCCCAGCCCUUGAGGCCUUGGCUGGGGGGAGUCUUGCCCUGUUUGUGGUUUGGGCCCUCCCUGGAAUGGUCUCUGAACCUCAAGGGAAAUGAAUGAGGGCACCAGGGUAGCCACCAGAUUCCCAGGGAUUCAGGUAGCCCCUGAUUUUCCUUGGCUUUCCUUCAGCCUCCUCAGAGUUCAUUGCCUACUCUCUGCUUAGAGAACAAGGCUAUGGGAUGGGGGAAGGAAAGGAGGUAAGUCUUCAGCAUUUUAGGUCUUUGAUUUUCCUGGAUUUUUUUCAGGAGAGAGGGAGUAACCAGGCCACUUCUUAAUCUAGUGAGCUGUUUGCGAGACUGAAAACCUAAUGUACUCCCUAUCUUUAACCAUUCCACUACUGGCAUUGAGCAGCCUCUUUUGUUGGGGAGAGGAGGAGGAAGAGAGAGUGUUUAGAACUAGCUUUGUCUCUCUUAUUCCUGGGGUAAAACCUGCGCGUCUGGGAAUCACAUUGUGUGAAGAAGGAAGAAUUUCUGACCACAUGGGGGGAAACGGCUUGGUCUAGCCUGUCUUCCAGCUCCAAAAUUCUGCCUUCCUUAUUGUGCAGUGGUGCUUCUCCAUUAUGUCGGAUGGGAAGUUUGGGGAUUCAGAUCCCACUUGUAUAAUACGGAGUUAAAUAAAGUUCAUUGAAACAAAUA